AAUUUACACUUACAUACGCACACUCACACCGUGCCAUUUGCUCUUAAGACUGACAAUAAUACGAGGCAGAGCGGGCUGAAAAGAGACAGAAAAGAAGAGGACAGUCAUUCUGAGCCAUGUUGGCUGAAGGUUUUCUCAGAGUGCUGCGUUACAGGGAGGAGAGAAAGUUUGCCUCUGCUUCCAAACUGAAGAGAUCGCAGACACACGCUCAUUGUGUGGAUCCAUCCAACUGUGUUCUCUCUGACUCAAACUCUACAGACCUACAGACAAAUGCAGCUGAAUCAGGUCCAGACCAGGAAGAACUAGACACCAACAAAUUCCAGGGACUGAAAGUGGUGCCUCAAGGUCCCGUAGGCCUGUCAAUCCCUGGGUGUUCACCUCUCCUCUCUCUGGACCCUGACUUUGCAGUUUGCUUAGACAAUUGCAGCCUCCUGGAACAGUAUCCAGACUUGCAGGUGGCUGACUCAGGCCGCAUCUCAAACAACCCACUGAGAACCAUCCAUCCUCCCGGUUUUGCCAGUGAAGCCUGCCAUCAACCAGAAUGGGCAGCCCAACAGGAGCCACAAGGCGAGUAUGUUUCAAUACCAGACCAGGGUUAUCUGGUUAUGGGGGCCAGUGUGAAUAUCAGCUUGGAUCUACCCGGAUCAGGGUUGGAGCCCAUGUCUAACUCUGUGCUGAAUGGGCUUCUGGACAAACAGCUGGAGGAAGUGUACAUGCAACAUCUAACUGAUAACUUGGCUCGGUGUAACUCCCACCUGGGGAACAGCCUCCUGCACGGCCUGGUGCCUCCGCCACAGCCCAGCAGCCAGUCACAGGGGCUCGAUUCACUAGUGGCCAGUCUGGAAGAAGGAUCAGAAGGGGACAGCGGCAAGAAGAUUAGUUAUCUGAACACCCAGAACUUAGUUCCCUGCUCAUCCAACUUCAGCUCCCCAGUGCUGAGGAUUUCAGAGGCUGACAAUACAUUGAAUAUGAUGCUCAACUAGAAACAACUAUUUUGCCUUUUGCACUAGUCACAUGCAACUGAGACAUGACAACAAAGUGCAUUUCAGUGAAUGAAUGGAUGUUUUUAUUUUUGUUUACAUAUAUUUUUUAUACAAUGUCUGUAUUUACUUAAAAUAAAAUGAUGCCUCAAAUUUAUUUGCUGUCAUGCGCCAUCUGCUGUUAGAUUUUAGAACUACACCAUCCUGAAUUUACCUGACAUACAUAAGAAUUUAUUUCAUUGACCUUAUUACUGGGUGUGUGUGUGUGUGUGUGAAGUAUUUAUUAUACCGAAGCAAACUGUAAUCCUGUGUAAGCUUAUAUUGCACAUUGAAGUUACCUUGUAAAUAUAGACUAACCUUGUAAAAUAAUCCAUCUGGUCUAAAGGAAGUAAAAUAAAUAUAAUGAGUAGUAAUUUUUUAUUUUUGUUUUUAAGUGCAUUUGAUUUUAAUUUUGUUGUUUUCAUUUGCUGGUAAUUAUUUUUGGUCUUAAAUCCCUUCUUUUGGCAAAAGUACUUUUAUUACUCAGGAUUCUGUGUGGUUAUAUAUGCUUUCUACAGUAUAAUGACAGAAGACUUUCUUGUAUCAUACGUAAACCAGAGAUCAACGACAACCCCUCUGACAAAGAGAGCUGUGUCUAUAUCAGACUUAUCAGGCUACAGCAGAAAUAACCAAUGAAACCUGAGCUAAAGCAUAAAUGUAAAUGAUGUUUGAAGUGCCGCCGCACCACCAAAAUAUAUCAGUGUAACAUUGGAACCUGGUAUCACUCUCAAAUUAACAUACAUGUAUUUUAAAAGUUAUGGAGGUUUUCUUAUACAGUAUACGGCUUAUUUAACAACAAGUACCACGCUUUUUUGUCUGGAGUUGGCAUGAAUCCUCUGAAGUCCAUAUUCAUUUCUUACUACAGUCCAAUAACAUGCAAGUUAGGGGUUUGUAGAAACAAGUUCAUAACUCACAUCACUUGGUCUUUCUGUAUGAAAUCUGUGAAGGACAUGACCA